ACGAAAACCCGACCUAAGAAGACCAACAGAAAUUUUAGGACCAAAUGAAAGGGGCACCCUUAAUUUGCGGAUGAACCCCCACAAGCUGUCCUCAUAAAUUCCGAAAUCUCCUCAGAGACACCAACUUUCCAGCAUUCAGUUUUUAUAAGAACGCCUCCCCUCUUCCUCUUCGAUUCCAUCUCUUCUGGCCUCCUCUUGCUCUCCCGUUCGUAAGAGAUUAUCUCCGGCGAGCUUGUCAGAGAAGAGGAGGCAAGAGAACCAUGGCUGUCGCUAAAAUGUCAUUCGGCGUCGUUGCGGUCGUCGUUCUCUUAUGCGCCAUGAUGGUCAUGCUGCCCAUCGCCGGUGCCCAGUCCCCGGCCCCGGCUCCUGGUCCCUCAAGCGAUGGCAACACCAUCGACCAGGGAAUAGCGUAUGGCCUGAUGCUGGUGGCGCUUCUUGUCACAUACCUCAUCCACUGAAGGUCCUGAGGAUUAGCCCGCGCAGUGGAAUCUCGACCAAACCAGAUGUGCGCCAAUCGGGCAUCGACCGUGAAAUCUGAAUCCGGCUGCUCUUAUUUGACCGGUCAAUCUAUAUCAGGUCUAGGCAAGAAUUUUCCUCCUCGGAAAAAAAAUACGGGAUUCUCUAGAUCGAAUGCGUGCUAUGUGAAGAAUGAAUCGAGAUUUCUCUUUUUGCGUAGUAUUAUUGAUGGAUAUGUAACCCAGCUGAUCUCAGACUCCUCUCCUUGGCCCUUUCAUAUUAUAUGAUUUGCCCAGGUCAUCAUAAGUUUAUCAUCGUCA